CUAAGAACCCAAAAACAUCAUAUACGUCCUUAUUCUCCUUAACUGAACUUCAUCUCUUUCUCUCUCUCUCUUUCUUUCUCUCUCAUCAAGAACCCUAGAACACAUAUAUAUGUUUGGUUACAAGAAUAAAAUUUCUCACAAUUUUUUUCUAUAGCCACAAUCCAAGAUCCAAUCUUUGAAAAAAAAAUUAUUAUGGAUUCAAUUGCAGAAGUAGAUAGUUCAAAUUCAGACGGUGCCAGUAUCACAAAUACUGGCACCGUUCCCGCUACUACUACUACUCUGAUUGGUUCAUCGAACUCAAGCAGUAGUAGUAGUAGCAACAACAGCAGUAGUCGUUACGAGAAUCAGAAGCGUCGAGAUUGGAACACUUUCGGGCAAUACCUAAAGAACCACCGGCCUCCGCUAUCUCUAUCCCGAUGCAGCGGAGCUCAUGUUCUCGAAUUUCUCCGUUAUUUAGACCAAUUCGGUAAGACUAAAGUCCACACACCAAUAUGCCCCUUUUACGGGCACCCUAAUCCACCUGCCCCUUGUCCCUGUCCGCUCCGUCAGGCUUGGGGCAGUCUGGAUGCUCUUAUAGGGCGACUUCGGGCUGCCUUCGAAGAAAACGGAGGCAAACCCGAAGCUAAUCCUUUCGGAGCUAGAGCUGUCAGGCUCUAUCUCCGAGAGGUAAGAGAUUUACAGUCUAAAGCUAGAGGAAUUAGUUAUGAUAAGAAGAAGAGAAAACGACCGCCGCCGCCACCUCAUCAUCAUCCACCUCCUCAGCCGCCACAACAGUUCUCGAUGACAUCAGCACAGCCACCGCCACAUCAGCAGCAGCAGCAGCAGAUUGCUCCUCCUCAACCAUUGAUUCAUCAUUUGGGUCAACACCAUCAUCACCACCAUCAUCACCAUCAUCAAUGAGCUAUAUAUAUAUAUAUAUAUGGUGAUUGAUCUAAUAUUAUGGAGGUACUACUUAUUGGGUAGGGUUUUUUUUUUCCUUUUUAUUAUUAUUUAAGCUAUAUUAUAGGUUGAAGAAAGAAGAAAAGGAGGAAGAAGAAGAUGAUGUUAUUAUUAAUGGUAAAAAUAAUUUUAAUUAGUUUGGGAUAUUUUUUAGGGUUAGAUUGUUAAAAUUAUUUUAUGCAAGUUUGUGGUAAUUAGAAGUUGUUUAAUA